AUGUCUAUCAAGAAAAUGAAUAAUUUUUUUAAAGCUGAAAAACCACAAUCUAAUGAAAGUAAGAAGAAUUCAAAUUCAUUUAAUGCUAACCCACAAUAAUCUACUAAUAAUGCUUUAGAUUUAAUGCAGAACCAAUCAUAAUAGAGAAAAGGGAAUUUCAUAGAAGGGAAUUAAAUAUAGAAAAAGAAUGAUUUUCAUUCUGAUUAGGAUUCAAAUAGCAGUAGUGAAGCUGGCUUAUUGUAAACAAAAAAGCUAUAGAAAAUAAUGGAAGAGGAUUAUGAUAAUGAAGGGUAAUCAGCAAAGAUGAGUGGUAUAUGAUUCAUGAUUUAAUUUUAGAAAGUACGAUAUAAAGAUAUUAACAUUUUAAGAAGUAAAGAAUACAAAAUACAAGCAUUAAAUAUUAAGAUGAAAUUAACAAUAGUAAGAUGAAUAAUUCUAAAACAUAUACAAAAUAAGAAGACAGUAGACAUUCUAAUAGUUAAGAUAGUUUUGAACCAAAUAUUCCAAUUUCUAGAAGACAUACAGAUCGUUAAGAGUAAUUAACCAAACAAAUGAAUUAUUUCAAACCUUAAUAAUCUACUUAAUAACCUAUAUCAGAUUUCAAAUUAGAAAUUGGAAUAUAAGUCAGUUAAUUAGAUUCUGAUCAUUCUAAAUCAUCUAUGGAUCAAUCUUCAGAUAUAUCAUCUAAAGAUAAUUAUUAAAAAAAUGAAAAUAAUAAUCUAUUGAGAUUAUUAGAUAAAAAUACUAAUCCAAGAUUUUCAUAACAACAAAGUUAACAAGGUAAUUAUGAUUAAACAUCUAAUUAAACAGAAUAAAUUUAACUUAAUUUUGAAUAGAAUUGUAAUCCUAUUCUAAAUCAUUUAUCUAAAUUAUAAGCAAAUAAUAUUCCAUAGAAAGCAAGAUUAAGUUUGUUUUCCUAAAAAACUGUUCCAAAUUCAGCUUCACAAUAAUAUUCUCAAUUCUCAUAAUAAAAUUAAUUUUAAUACUGUAAAUAAGGUAUUGUAUUGAAUACUUGUAAAUCAUUAAGUGGAGAUAUUUUUACAUUGAGACCAGGGAAUAAAGUGAUUGUAGUAAAGGUUGAUUAAGAGAAGAAGUUAAUUUAAUGUGGAUAUCAAAAUAUGUUAGGAUUGUUUUAUCUUAGAGACAUUGCAAUAAAAGAUGGUAUGAUUUAUGAUAAAUUUGGCAGAGUCACAAUAAAAUUCUAAGUUUCAAAUUAAAUCAAGAACUUAAUCUUCCUUUGAAAUGAAGUAUAAAGAAUUACUAAAUGACAAAUACAAUGCCAAAAGUAAAUCACCUAAUAAUAGAUCAUUCUAAGGAUAGUCUAAGACACCAACUAAAAAGCCUUUUAUGAGGUUUUGA